AUGCGCCGCCGCCCCGCCAGCGAAGAGACGGAGGAACGCGAGGACGCCUUGGAGCGCGUCGGGCUCACCGUCAGCCGGCGAACGUGGCCGGUCCGACACGCGGCGGCCCCAAAACACGCCACCGCCGUCGCUGAGGGCACUGACACGAGCCACCGGAGCGGCAGCAGCUGCGACGCCGCGCUGGGCGAUGGGCUCACCGCGACGAUGACGAGCAGCUCCACGCCGCGGCCCAGCACGCUGACGGCACGGGCCUCGCCCCCGCCAACGAACGGCGGACGGCAGAAUCGCGAGAUCUCCGUCGACAUUGUGUGGGGAGAGCGCGACGAGACGGCGGCGCCUGCGGGCGCCCAUGCCGCGAAGGCGCGGACGCCGUCAACGGUCCUGACCCGCGCGCCGCGGCCGUCGCCGGAGUGGAGCCACGCCGCCGCCUCCCCGGCGAUCGUGCGCCGCCGUCUCUCCCUCCACGAGGAGGGCCGACGCAGCGGCACCGCCGCCACCCCGGCGAUGGCAAUGGCAGUGACGCACGCGCAGCACACGCCGUCACCGGCGGCGCGGUUGUCGGUGGCGACGCCGACGCCGACGCCGACGCCCUGGCACCGCAUGCCGCCGUUGCUGCCUGUGAGAGACCCGCCCACGGAGUCGCGCGAAUUGUCAAUGCGGCCGGGCUACACGUUGCCGAGCCCACGCACGCCGCUGUGGACCGCGCUGGAGGAGGAAGACGAGGAGGAGGAGGUGGUGGUCGGCACGCACGAAGGCGCGGUGGUGGGACUGCCGCUGGCGCGCCGCCCCUCCUCCUUCGCCCACCACGCCCCGUCGCCGGACAACGUACACGCCGCCAGCGACGCGGGACAAGGACCGCGGGAGCCCGAGGCGCACGCGACGGCGGGGCACAAGCGAGCAAGGCAGGCAGAUGAGGAGGUGCGAAAGGCGCAGGCGGAUGCGUGGGUGGCGGAGAUGCAGAGUUUCUUUGCGCGCCUCGAGGAACGGCCGCUGCUCACGGUGACCAUCGACGACUAG